GUAUCACAUUGUGCAAGAAUUUAACAAGGGAAUCUACGACUACAUCGUGGCAACGGAUGAGAGCGACUUGAAAGCCGAUCGCGAUACAGAAGAUGAAAGAAGCGAUGACGAAGAAUCGCCGUCAGGCGAAGAGCAAGAGGGCACCUCGUCAAAAGUAAAAUUUACACUUCCCGACAAAAAACAAGGUGGAAAGUCUGGUGUGAAGAAAAAAGAUGAUGAAUAUGGAGUUUCUCGUGGUAUUGACUUCAUCAAUGUUGCCGCGGUUAUCAAUUUUGAUUUUCCGACGUCGGCAAAAUCGUACACCCACAGGGUGGGUCGAACGGCGCGAGCUGUUUAUAAGGGAAUGAGUCUAAGCUUCGUCGUUCCUAAGGAAUUGGCGGGAAAACACAAAAAUGUAACAUGUUCGACUGCAAAACACGACGAAGAAGUAUACUUGCGAGUCGAAAAACAGCAGUCCAUGAUGGGGGCGACCCUAAAACCAUACUCAUUCGACAUGAAGCAGGUGGAAGGAUUUCGAUACCGAAUGGAAGAUGCGCUGAGAGCCGUGACGCGUGCUGCCAUCAGGGAGGCGCGAUUGAAGGAUGUCAAGUUGGAAAUGUUGAACUCGGAAAAAUUGAAGAGUCAUUUCGAAGAUAAUCCAAAUGAUUUGAACAUCCUGCGACAUGACACGACGAUUCAUCCCGCCCGAGUUCAACAACACAUGAAACACAUACCCUCAUAUCUAAUGCCAAAGAUUGCGACACCGUCUGGUGCUAUUGACACCAACGGAAAAUCGGCCAGCACCGAGCGCGUCCCGUUUCACAAAACACAGACCAACAAUCGAAGGCCGAACAAGCAUAACUUUGGCGCAAAGAAACGUAAAGACGAUCCGUUGAAAUCUUUUAGUUUCAAUGAGUCCGGUGCAAAGAACGUUGGGAGAAAAAAGCGUCAGGUAUCAGGACUACUCACUUCAACUACCCUUUCAUGA